UCCACUGCUGAUGUCAGACCCCAGUCAUGUCGACCCUGCUCAGCACCGUCAUCUUCAUGACUUUUCUACGACGGAAGUAGAGACGUAACUGAUGAUGGAUCUAUUUGGCAGAGGAGAGCUGGGGCUACUAGGAGGAGGAGAAGGGCUGAGAGAUGAUGUGGGUGUACCAGGAAUCAGCUGGUCAUCCAGUCGACUGCCCGAUGACAUGUACCCUGCAUCAAGGUUGGCCCUGGCUGCUGCCUAUCAUGAUAUCAAGACCAGGCUGGCCAGUCUGGAGCGGGAGAACAGCAGCAUAAAGAGGAAACUCAAAAAUUACGAGGUCAAGUUUCCCAUGAUCAGUGAAUUUGGAGAAGAGAGGAUACUAUGCUGUUCCUGUGAGCCCAUCAUGAAGGAUACAAGUGUGAUCCAGUCGGAGACCACCAACCUACAACAGAGGAUCAACUCUCUUACUCAGGAGCUCCAGAAGAGUAAGGAGAGAGAGGAAAGGCUGGAGGAAGUCAUUCAGGCUUAUGAGAAGAUUCACCUGGAGAAAAGCAACGUCCAGAGAGAUCUAGACAAGAUGACGACUCUAGUGGAGCAGCAUGUGGAGAGGAUCCACAGUCUGGAGUUGGCUCUCAGACAGAGAGAAACUUCCCUUCAGAAACUCAGUGCUCAACUCCGCAGCAAAGAUGCACAUCACUCUCAACUCAACCCCAGUCUGGAUGUACCCAGAGAGGGUCGUGGGCCAACGCUGCAGAGCUCCCGCAGUCUGGAUGCUCUGUCAGACCUGAAGCUGCAGCGACUGGAGGGCCAGCUGGCUCAUUGGAUGUUUAUACUUGUGUCACAGGAGGUGGCCACACACUGUGAGCACUGCAACGUAGAAUGGAUAAAGAAAGCUGGGGAUGAACAGGUGAACCUAGCGUUAGCCUACACUGAGCUAACAGAGGAGCUGGGCCGUGUUCGCAGUCUGGCUGCCAAACAGAGUGACCUUCUACAUGUUUCACAGGAGCCUGCUUCUCCAGUCUCUCGUCCUCCCCCUCCUCCUCAACGUCUCUCCCCAACUUCCCCCCAGCGCCCCUCACUCUCCCCUGACAGGCUUCUCUCCACCCCCUCCUCUCCAUCUACAAGUGACAGCCCCACCUCCUAUGCUCAUCAGCCAACCAGCAGCCGUCUACGAGCCAAGUUCCAGGGUCGCCGUAGUUACUCUGAGGUGUCUGACCCAUCAGCCAUCCAGAGGCCUCAAGAUCGCCUGAUGUGGGACCCAGUAUCAACCCUCCCCAAGCCCAGGCCCCUCCUGGGUGAGACGCAGGGUUACGGUCAGUCCAAGUCUCAGCUCCGUACGUCCUUAUUGGGCCUGGUCAGACCAGCCUCAGCUCAUGGAGCUGGAGAGGAGAGAGGAGGAGGCGGGGGAGGAGAGAGAGGUGGGGGCAGCAGUCUGAGCAGCAGCCCUCAUCACUGUGCUCUGGACUUGGGCUUCCCAGUGGCUGCUGAGGUACAUCACUUCUGUCACCUUGAUGACCCACUUGAGCCCACCCCACUGGUGACACCACCACAGUCUUCUGAUGAUGAAGAGGAUGUAUGUACAUAUUUAUCUCCGGCUGCCAGCCCACCUCGAACCCUUGGGGCAGCUGGGAUUGGCUCAUCACAGCCCCUUCACCCCUCAUUUCCAUCUCCUAGGAAACAGCCACAGCAUCCUUCCUUCUCGGCCCCUGAGGGCCCUGCCACCCUCUCCUGCCAUCUGCCUCUCUACAUGAACACUGAGCAUGCUCAGUCAUGGCCCUCAAUUAAUUUAUGGAUGGAGCCAGAAGAGAGCGCUGCUCGGAGCUGUCCUUUGUGUCAACUGACCUUCCCGACUGGUUACCCUGAUGAUGCCCUCAUCAAGCACAUUGACUCCCACUUGGAGAACAGCAAGAUCUAACUUUGUUAUCAAGCGUCUUACACCCAUUUUCACUGGAGAUGGGUGGAGAUGGUUGUUUUCUGUUUAGGUUUAAUCCAGGGGUGGUUUAGUGACCCUGCAUGCGUCACUAUGGAACUCACCCAGCACAACUGCAUCUUCUGUGGAAUCAAACCAGGGACCUUCCAGUUACAAAAGCAAGUCUGUUUUUCUACACUUCAGACUCAUGUCUUUAUCAUUUAAUUUCCAGGUUGUAAAUUUCUUGUUUUGUUCAAGGACAGGCAUGCAUUGCCUAAUAUUUUUCACAACAGUUCCUUUCAAAUAGUGUUUUUCCCUUUUCACAACAUUUCAUUUGUGUACAUAGACCUGAGUACUGAGGGAAUAGCAGAUUAUACAGCACAAUAGUGCUGCAUAUCUUGGAAACACUGACACAAAGACAGGAGCUGCUGAAGGCACUGCUAGAAACAUCACAUAUGCUGGUUCAAGAGCAGGCCUGGGGACAGAAGAUAUGUUGGAAGCAUCUGACAUAUGCAGUGUCAGAAGCGUACACCAAACCACCUGCAUGUCACUGCUGUAAUGCUGUUGCAGAAGUUUUAAAUGAGAAUUUUACCUAAGAUUCUGAGGUUAAGUUUUAAUAACAGUAAUUUUAGUAAGUAGCAUAUACCAGUUUGACAAACUAUGAGCACUAUGUAGUCUAUAAGUCUAAUAGCCAGCUCUCAAGUAUAUGGCACAGAACAAUCCAUGGUUAAAGGAAAUGAUACAACAAAUACUUCAGGAUAUUGUUGACAGUAAAUGGGGCUGAUCUAUUGAUCUGUGGAGUUCCAAAGCAAACUGUAAAUAAAUUCAAAUAUGUGAAAAGUUUCAAAGGUAAAAAUGUGAUCAAAUAAAAGAAAGACUUACAGAAAAAAAUCACCUACUGCCAUCUUAUGGUGUGGAAAUGAAAGUGCAACCCACUUUAAAAAGGCAGAAAGCUAUGGAAGCCCAUAUCUCCUACUUGAAACCACAUUUUCAUCACUGUUACAUAAUGUGUUAGAAUUACAAAAUUAUUAAUUAAAACACAUCUUCGAAUUCCGCAUCAUAUUUUUUUUAUUAGAUAUCUGACUUACUGCAUCAUAAUUAUGAGGAAAAGUCUCUUAUCUAUGAGCCACUUAGUUAUAGAACAGACAUUUAUUUGGCUCACAAGUAUGAGUCUAUAAUUCAUAUUUAUGAGAUUAUUUUCAGAUACAUAAUUUUGAUCAUAAUGCAUUAAUUACAAUUAAUUAAUCAAACUAUGACAGUAUUUAAUAAUAAAAACAGUGUUGCUUCAAACAGGAUUCCAAGUCAAAUUUUCUCAUAAUUUUGAUAUGGUUCCAUACAGGAACAGUCCUUUACCUAAUCAAGUCCUUUUUCACCCAUUGAUCACGUUUUUACUCUAGAAACAUUCCACAUUCAUGAGUUUGUGCAUUUUCUGUUGGUGCGGCUCCACGGUGUUCCUCAUAGAACUGAAAUUCUGCACCGGCAGUAACACCAGAGAAACUGUCACACUUAUCAUUUCAGUGCGUCAUCACUUACCAUUACAAUUACACAUGGGCUACUGCACUGAGAAGCAGAUAUUUUGACUGUUAACUGUUAGUAAUUUAAGGAUGAAAGCCAAACUUAUUCAGCAAAAAAUGUAUUAUUUUCAUUUGAAAAAAAACUGUUCUGUCAAGGGACAACAGAGACUGUACAUAUAUGGCUCUUGAUCAGAUGAACGAGAACCCUUCGCUGUGAAUGAAUACACACUGACUGUUGGGAAAUCAAACUGGAGGAACUUUGAAUUAGGUUUUUCUUCCAUGAAGCUGACACAAAGCUAUGGAGUGCACUGCAGUUCCUCAGACAUCUCUGUCAAAUUAAGUCCUCACCCAUUUUCUAUUUUAAGAUGGGAACACUGGUUCCAGUUUGAUUUCUAUGUGUCUGUAAUGUAGUUAGUGUUCAUGCACUUUUGUGGAGGUUAGCAGAUGCCUUAGCAUGAGCUAUUCUACACUGUCACACACACAUAGGUCAAAUUGCUAUCCAUACAAAGUCAAAACAUUGUAAAUUUGACCGAUCUUGGUUCACACAAAUAAUGGAGAAACAUAGUGGAACUGAGCCAUGUAUAAUUGUGACUUAAUGAAAAAACGGCUGUGAUUAGAACAACCCCGUUCGGGACUAAGCGGUAUAGAUAAUGGAUGGAUGGAUGGAAAAAAAGAGGCAUUACUUUCAUGCUUGUUCUGGAGCUUUCAACCAUAUUACUUGGCAUAUAAGAUCUUGUGAUUCAAUGGAUGCUAAUUCCGUCUGCUGAUGAAGACCAUGCGAUACAGCUGGAAGCUCCAGAAAAAAAAGCUGGCAAGUAACUUUUCAGUUGGGACUGUUGUGGUCGAAAGACUGUUUCCAAGAUCCAGAAUAAACUUUCAUGCUGGUUAAAUUUGUUGUGACAGGUGUCUUUGAGGAUUUUCAGUGGAUGACGACUAGAAUAAGAUGGCAUUUCAUAAACUAGAAACUGAGUUGUCUUUAUAGAACCAAUGCUGCAACUAUGCUGGAGAAUUCACAAAUUUCACUGUGGACAGCCAUUGACUACUUUCUACUGACUCCUGAGGGUCUGAGGCUAUGGGCAUAACAGACAAGGGCCUCAGAAAUCCUCAUGCCAUGCUUUGGAGCCCCUGGCAACCUGAUGCUUCCAUGGAUACUGCUUUAAGCAGGGCCUGUGGUCUGAUUUCAGGUGCACCACUAAGGGUUUGGCAUUUGUCAUAAGGCCCACAUUGUAAUUGUCUUUUUCCCAAAGACCAUCUGGGAUUUCUGCUAACUCCUGUGUUGUAAGUAUGUACAUGUUAUCUGUCUGUAUAUGUGGGAGUCUGAGCAGCCAGCUGCACUGUGCGGUUCACUAUAACAGAGGAGGUGAAAGCAGUGCAGUAUACAUCACCCUGUACAUUGUACUAUGUUCUGUAGUCCUCAAAUGCAUAUAUAUGUAGUGGGUGAUAUGAUGACAGAUAUGCCUUCUGGUGUGGAAAUGAGCCCUAGGUGAAAACUACACAGCAGAUCUCUCCCUAGUAGGUUAACAGGGCACAGAGUAGAGUAAAUAAACGCAUGUUUCAGGUUGAUAUUCCCCAGCUUGCAUUUCAACAGUGUUGCAGCCAACAGUGUAACAUGUUCUGCCGCUCCAUUUGGGUGGAGUUGUUAGAAAACCAACAGAUAAAAGAGAAGCUGCUGCACCAGAAUCCACUAGGAAUGUCACCUCCUGCAUACUUCACACACUAAUAGACUAAUAGAAUAGUUUACUCUCUGCCCGCCUGGGUUUUCUUCUCUCCCUAAUUUUUUCUUCAACCAGUGUUAUCAUUUCAGAAAAAAGGAAAAAUUAAAUGUAUCGGCAGCAAAGCAUUCUUCAUUGCUCAGAGCAUGCAUGUCUUAUCUAUGGUUUUAAGCAUUUCUUCUUUAACAUUUGGUUGCAGUUUAUGUUGUGUGUGCAUAUCAUACAAAUGCUUAUCCUGACCUUGCCUUUUUUCCUUCCCCCUCUGCCUUCUCACCACCUGCUGUAUACUUUCCAGUCAGCUUUAAAUGCUUAAAAUUUUCUUUUCUGUUUCUUUGUUAGACUCCCAAAAUAGGCUGCGUCUGAUCUCUCUCUCUGCAGGAUAAUGUUGUUUCAUCCAAUAACAUAUGGAGUACUGAGGAGGACACUGGUCAGAUCCAGGUCCGGGUUCCAGGUCAGUGAUUUUCCCAUUAUCUCAAGUGUGUGAACUGUAGGGUUUGUCCAGUUCCUUUACUGUGGACCCAGUCGGACUAGACAAUUAACCCAAACAGCCUAAGAACACUAUGUUGCAUCCACCAAUUACUGUACAACUACUGUGGUAAUAUACUUGAUUGUAGGUCCCAGACCUAUUACCGUGGGCAGUACUGCCAUAAUGAGAUUAGUGCUUAUUGGUGCUUGACCAAUUCCAGCAUGUGUAUGGUAUUGUCUGAUGUUUUUACGUUAUGGUUUGGUGACAGGAGCACUGUACAGUCUUUCCGGGAAGACAGCCUCCCAGCCAUUGGGAGGAAUUGCUACUUUGGCCAAUCUCUAUCGAUCCCCAAUGG